CUAAAUAAAAUGGAAAUGGAUACAUUUGUAGAUAAUUUUCUAAACUUGCCUCUCAACGAAGUCGACGCCGCCACCGUCGCAGCCGAGUCCCCGCUUGCCACCGCGGCUGCAGCUGCCGGAAAUUCCUUUGAAAAAUCGUCGCAAACCAAGGAUUCUUCUCACUUAACCGAUCUUCUAUCAAUGCCGAUCGACGAUGCAGCUGAAUUGGAAUGGCUAUCGAGAUACAUGGAUGACUCAUUUACUGAUAUGCCGAGUGAUUCUACGGAUUUUCAAUUAGGAAAUACUACGGGACGAGUUCGGAGCAAGCGCAGCCGAAUGUCGGAAGGCGGUGCUGCGAAUAGGAAAGAAUGUUUCGGCAUCGAAAUAGCAAGAAAAUGCACGCACUGCGCGUCCGAGAAAACGCCUCAAUGGAGGUCCGGGCCUUUAGGGCCAAAGACACUUUGCAAUGCUUGCGGAGUCAGGUACAAGUCAGGGCGCUUGGUCCCGGAGUACCGGCCAGCGGCAAGUCCGACUUUCGUGUUAACUCAGCAUUCGAACUCCCAUCGGAAGGUUCUGGAACUUCGUCGGCAAAAGGAGAUGCUUCAACAGUAGGAGGAGAAGGAAGGGUAAAAUAGUCAUUUCAAGAUUUUCUUAUAUCAGUAAUCAUAUUGUAGAGGAUGCAUUUGUAUUCCAAGUUAUAUAAGAAAGUUUUCAAAUACU